AUGUCAAUCAACACUUCACCAUCAGCGCCCCACACAGCGGCCAACUCCAGCAAGCUCUCCCCCAGCAGCGAUCCGCAUGCGGCCUCAUCUGCCAUCCGCUCAUUGCCUGUACCGGGUGUGGAAAAGCGGCCUGGAGAAGGCAUUCCGCGUCGCCAUCCACUUGUGGCAAAUCGCCCCUUGCUGACAAAAUACGACUGCCACAUCAGCACCAUUUAUGAGGCAUUUCUUAAAAGCUCGAGAGACAAUGGAAAACGCGAUUUUUUGGGCACAAUUGAUCCCGGACUGACCACGUAUUCCUGGAUCACAUAUGCGGAGUUUGAUAAAAUGAUUACGCACAUUUCGUAUGCUUUUAAUUGGGUCGCGGCCGAAUAUUCCUGCUAUCGCGUCAACUUUGUUACAGUUCCAUUGUAUGAUACACUUGGACAUGAGGCCAUCGUUUUUAUUUGUAACCAAACGGGGCUCAAAUGCAUCUUUACCACUCAUGAUAAACUGGCCUCUCUAUUGGAUUUCAAGGACAAAAUGCCUGCUCUCAAAAAUAUCGUUUUGAUGAAAACAGCAAACAAGCCAAUUGAUGCCAAUUUGCAGCGCCAGGCUGAAGCUUUACAAGGUAAAUCGAUUUUGCUAACCGCACCAGUUAAGCUAAUUAUGUUUGAGGACCUGCUAAAGGUACAGUCAAUGGGCUUUCCAUAG